UUAGCUUGAUCUCAAAAUGGUGCGCAAACGCAUAUUUUAUAAUUUAUUGUAAUGUUAAAAUUAUGAAUUAAAGUGAAAUCUUCUCACAAUUUCUGAAAAUGGAAUCUGGAGAAACUUUUCUAUCAUGUGCAGUGACGGUAGAGUGGAUGACCGUGCAGGGGUCUGUCAGUAGAAAAGUUAAUUACAAAACCGCUUCCCUCCGACUGAUUCGAAACGAGUUUCGUGAAAUGUUUAUGGAAAUAACGAGUGAUAAGCAAGCACCUAUUCGAUUAGCGAUAAAAAAUAUAAAUGUUUUUAAAAAGUUCAUGGCGGAGGGAAAAUCAAGCAUAAAAUUUCAAGAUGCAGGCUGCACUCUGUUCAUAUCAAAUGCACCCCCAACUAACUUGGUUUCAUUUCUGCGGACUAUAUUCGUAAAAAUUACUGGUGCGAAGGACCAAGUUGAUACUCAAACCCCAACCAAGAAGACAAUGCGAGCUAAAUUGUUGAGCGGAAAAGCCCAAGCUUUUGAGGAUAUCAGCCCUGUUACUGUUGCUGAUAUGUGCAAAGCCAAGAGUAAAAUCAGUAAAGCGUCUACUACUACGCCUUCUCCACCUUCGAAAAAACGUAAAAUAGAUGAUGUCAAUAGGGGUCCAGCUCCUAAGAAAUUAUACUCUCCAUCUCCUUUAACUUCCAUUGGCAGUUUGAAUGAUGAGCAACAAAGAGUAUUAGAAGCUUGUCUCGGUGGCAAGAAUAUUUUGUUUACAGGGUCUGCAGGAACAGGGAAGAGUUUUCUUUUAAAGAGAAUAGUAGCAGCUUUACCGCCCGAUGUGACUAUGCCUACAGCAUCAACAGGUGUUGCAGCUUGUCAUAUUGGUGGAACCACCCUACAUGCAUUUGCUGGCAUUGGUGAUGGAAGUGCAUCAAUAGAAAAGUUAUGUGAGAGAGCAAUAAAGACACCAUUAGUGGCACAAAAGUGGAGAAAAUGUAAACAUCUCAUAAUAGAUGAAAUAUCUAUGGUUGAUGGAACUUAUUUUGAGAAAGUAGAAGCAGUUGCCAGAUAUGUUCGAAAUAAUGAUAAACCAUUUGGUGGCAUUCAGUUAAUUCUUUGCGGGGAUUUCUUACAACUCCCACCAGUUGUAGACAAAGGAAAAUCUACGAAGAGGUUUUGCUUUCAAACAUCAUGUUGGGACAAAUGCAUUCAUCUUUGUUAUGAGCUGAAAGAAGUUCACAGACAAACAGAUCAAGAGUUUAUCUCAAUUCUUAACAGUAUUAGGAUAGGCAGAGUAACAAAAGAAAUUAGUGAAAGACUUCUGCAAACUGCUUCACAGAAAAUUGAAAGUGAUGGAAUCCUGGCUACAAGAUUGUGCUCACAUACUAAUGACUCCAGAAUGAUUAACAACUCAAAGUUAAAAGAUUUGAGUGGAGAGGAGAAAUUAUUUUCAGCCCAAGAUAGUGAUAAUGCCACUUCUACACUUGACAUGCAAACUAUUGCUCCCUCAAAGUUAUUGCUUAAAUUGGGAGCCCAGGUUAUGUUACUUAAAAAUAUCAAUGUUAAUGCAGGUUUAGUGAAUGGGGCAAGAGGAGUAGUGGUAAGGUUUGAAGAAGGGUUGCCUGUUGUAAGAUUUAAGAAUAAAAAAGAAUACACAGCAAGAACUGAACGGUGGUAUGUUAAAAAUUCUAAUGGCAACUUACUUUGUCGCAGACAAAUACCAUUGAAUUUAGCAUGGGCAUUUUCCAUACAUAAGUCCCAAGGGCUGACCUUGGAUUGUGUUGAAAUGUCUCUGAGUAAAAUAUUUGAAGCAGGACAAGCCUACGUAGCUCUUAGCAGGGCCCAAAGUUUGGAUACAUUAAGAGUUUUAGACUUUGAUUCACGUCAUGUAUGGGCUAAUACUGAUGUUUUAGAAUUUUACCAGAGAUUUAGACGUCGUUUGCAACAAAUGGAAAUCAUACCAUUAGGUAGAAAUCUUUCUGAUAAGUCUAAUAAAAAAUUAAAACUUCGUGAGAUAUUAGAAAAGCAAUUAAGAAGAAAAUAAUAUUGAUGAUUUUAUUUAAAAGACUGAACUUCCUAUGUAUUAAUAAGAUGUUUAUAUUUUAAUUCUUAGUUAUUUAUACAUUCUUUCUCUGUGGUAUUGUAUGUUUGCUAUUUUCUCAAAUCUUCAGAACAUGUAUGUAAGAAUAAUGACACUGAAAUAAUAAAAUAUUUAUAACAUAA